UAACUUUCUUUUAAAAAUCUUUAAGAUUAAUUUCUUGCUUGCAGUCUCCUCCUCCCCCCUCCCCUUCUCACCUAGGCUACACAUCAUGUGCCGUUCUAGUACAGAGUCUAGAGUCAAAGUGAAAGUGUUGUGUUGCCUGCGCCAGUCUUUCACUCACAGCUGGAGCUCAGUCUGUGGGAUGCUACUAAGAUGGCCUCAGCCUUAGUGGUCUUAGUCUCCGUUAUCGGCCUCUCUGCCUGCUCCUCAGCCCCAAAAGAUGAGAUGACAUACAAUCUGGAGCACAAGAUCCCAGGCGAGUCCUUGAUCUUCACCUGCACCACCCAAGAGGAACACGAACAGAUCGACUUGUACAAGACCAACAAGCAGAUUCGCACCAAAAUAAUGCAUGUUUUUUGGGAGAGGGAAAAAGGGCUGCCAACCAUAAAGGACAUGUAUAAAAACAGAACACAUUUUGAGGGAUACUCGAAUAAGUUGUCCAUAACCAUCACUCAACUGACAGAGGAGGACUCUGGAGUCUACUGGUGUGAAUACGAAGCUCUUGACAAUGCUCAAAACAUCAUCAGUACCAAGUCCAGCGAGGCUGUCGCACUUGUGAUAAAAAGGCCGGUGCACUGUCCAGAGAGGCUCCCAGACAACACAACUCCAAAGUCCGCCUCCACCUCCGACUCCAGCUUCAUCUCCACCACCAUCUACUCAAUCAUCACUGCUGUUGUGGUCUUCAUGAUGUUUGUAAUCAUGCUAGUGUUUUAUGUGAGAUAUAAGAAGAAGACCUGCACUGCACAAGCGGCCCAGAGCAGAGGGAAUGACUCGGUGUAUGAGGUCAUGAGCACCACGCUGAGGAGAACAUGAUGGAGUGGCUUGUAUCAGGGACAGGCCAGACAAAACUCACGUUUACUCUUAAGGCAGAGCCCCGACUGGUACAGCUUGCAGUGUGCAUAUGUGCCAAUAUAAUACGGGUAGAUGAAAUCAAGCAUUCUGAUUGGUUGAAAGGAGGUCACGGUAUGUACUGUGUUGAGCCAUAA